CGGAGCCCAGCGGAGCGUUGAAUGGGGCGCAGCGAGGCGCGGCCCGGGCUUUGUGCGGCCAGCCCGCGGGCACCCUCCCGGCUCCGGCUUCGCUCCGCCCCGCCCACCGCGACCCCUGCUGCCGGGGAGCGGAGACCCGGCAGCCGCUCAGGACUCCGGCGAGAGUGACGCAAGGUCAGCGGCGGCUGCGCGCCCAGGGCGCCCGUGUGCUGGCGGUGCGGCGCCGACGCCCGCCGGCCAGCUGAAGUGUGCUGGUUCUUGGAGUUCCCUGGAAAAAGCCAGAAGUUGAUUCCAUCAUGGCCGAACUCAAGGUGGAGAGCCGGGCCAGUGUCGACUGGCAGAAGCGCUGCCUGGCCCUGGAAACACAGCUUUUCCGGUUUCGCCUCCAGGCCAGCAAGAUAAGGGAGCUGCUGGCUGACAAGAUGCAGGAGUUGGAGCAGAGGCUGCUGGAGGCGGAGCAGAGAGCAGAGAAUGCAGAGACCCAGGUGGGUGUGAUGGAAGAAAAGGUAAAACUGUCCAAUCUGAAGAAUGUGAACUCCACAGGGAGCCUGCACCGAAAAUACCAAGAAUUGCUGAAAGUCAUGCAGGGCAAAGAUGAACUCAUCAGCCACCUGGAGGCACAACUAGAGAAGCAGAAGCAGCUAAGAGCUGAGGAAGCAAAAAUUGUUCAAGAAAAAGCUGCAAAGAUCAAGGAGUGGGUGACACUAAAGUUAUCAGAGCUUGAGAUGGAGAAUCAGCAUCUGAAAAACUGUAAUCAGCGCCUGGUGGAACAGGUGGGAGCCCUUCAAGAUGCACUGGAAGCUCUUCAGAUGACACCUUCAGGGAAGCUGCUGGUGGCCCCCCAAGAAGCCCCAGAGGAGAAUCCUGUCCCUUCAGAGCCAGGAGCUCAGCCUGUGGCACAAGAUAGUGGUUCUCAGGUCCAGGCUUUGAAGGUGGCUUUGCCUGGACCUUGUCUGGGUGCCCUGCAGAGCAAGGUCUCUGUGCCUGAAGCCAGAAGCCCAGUGGAGGAUUCUAGUUCCAGCAUGGUCCACCCCGAGGAAAUAGAGGCCAAGACCCUUCCACCUCAUCUGGGAAAAGAGGGCUCUCCCACCCAGCUGGGUGUGACACCUGGCUCCACAAGAUGUGGCUCAGCCUCCUGGGGGGAGAGCCUGGUCACUGCUCGUUGUAGAGGGAUACUCUUUGGGACCAAGACCUCUGCCAGGGAAGGUGGCCCUGGCAGCAGCCUAACCCUACCAAAGGCACGGGCUUCCAGUGCCCCCUGGAAUAGCAUCCAGGUGGCCAAAAGGCACCACAGCCAGCCCCAGGUAGGCCCUGGGCACUUUGAUCAUGUGGUGAACAUUGAGGUUGGAGCCCUGGCAGCCCUCCACCCCUCUGUCCUUUCUAAGCUGAAGCCCCCAGCUGAGCUUCGGGAAGAACCAGAGAAGAUGGAAAUGGAAGAGUCACCUCCAGCAGGGAAGGAGGAAGGAGAGAACCUGAAGGCCCCUAGACCUGAGCUGGAGAAAGAAGAACUGGAGAAAAAACCACCCACACCUCCACUACACCGGUUUCCAUCAUGGGAGAGCCGGAUCUAUGCAGUGGCCACUUCAGGCAUGCAGCUGUCAGAUGUGUCUUCCCGGAGUCACGUUGCCUGCUGUGCUUCAAGCCCUCCUGCCCUUGCAUCCCCUGUGUCUUUCUCUGGCCUUGUCUACAAGAAUGUCACUGUGCCUGUCUACACAGCACUGAAAGGGAGAGCCAUGCAGAUCAGCAAUGUGCCCUUCGCUGACGACUCCUCUGGGUCUGAUGAUGACUGCAGCUCUCAAGCCAGUUUCCGAAUAUCAGUCCCUUGUUCUGAGUGUAGGAAGACCAGCGGACUAGGCAGUCCCCGGGCCAUCAAGAGAGGGGUCUCCAUGUCUUCACUGAGCUCCGAGGGUGACUACGCCAUUCCCCCUGAUGCCUGUUCGCUGGACAGUGACUACUCAGAGCCUGAGCACAAACUUCAACGCACCUCGUCCUACUCCACCGACGGGCUGGGCCUAGGCGGGGAGUCACUGGAGAAGUCAGGCUACCUGCUGAAAAUGGGAAGCCGGGUGAAGACAUGGAAGAGGCGCUGGUUUGUCCUGAGACAGGGACAAAUUCUGUACUACAAGUCCCCGAGUGAUGUCAUUCGGAAACCUCAAGGUCAAGUGGAUCUGAACUCCCAUUGCCAAAUUGUUCGAGGGGAGGGUGCGCAGACAUUCCAGCUUAUCUCAGAGAAGAAGACCUACUACCUGACAGCAGAUUCACCCAGCCUGCUGGAGGAGUGGAUACGGGUCCUACAGAACUUGUUGAAGGUACAGGCCACCGGGCCUCCAGCCCUGCCUCAGGGUGGCACCAAGCCCACUGUGAAGGGCUGGCUGACCAAGGUAAAACAUGGCCACUCCAAGCUAGUCUGGUGUGCUCUUGUUGGGAAAACCUUCUACUAUUACCGGAGCCAUGAGGAUAAGCGACCCCUGGGUCGUCUGCCUGUGCGGGAUGCACGCAUAGAAGAAGUAGAUCGAUCCUGUGACUCAGAUGAGGACUAUGAGGCUGGAGGAACCAGACGGUUACUUUCCUCCCACUGUACGCUGGUGAUCCAUCCUCCAGAGCACAGUCCUACCUACCUGCUCAUUGGUACCAAGCAUGAAAAGGAUACGUGGCUUUACCACCUCACAGUGGCUGCAGGUGGCAGCAGUGCCAAGGUAGGCACUGCCUAUGAGCAGCUCAUUGGGAAACUGAUGGAUGGUGAGGGAGACCCAGAUUCCCCACUCUGGAGGCACCCUAUGCUGUGCUAUAGCAAAGAUGGGCUGUGUACCUCCCUCACCACCCUGCCCUCUGAGGCUCUGCAGACAGAGGCUCUCAAGCUCUUCAAGUCCUGCCAGCUCUUCAUCAAUGUGCCCGUAGAGGCUGCCUCAGUGGACUACCACGUGUCCCUGGCCCAGACAGCACUGCAGGUGUGCCUGGUUCACCCUGAGCUGCAGAGCGAGAUCUAUUGCCAACUCAUGAAGCAGACCAGCUGCCGCCCACCUCAGAAGUACUCCCUCAUGCAGUGUUGGCAGCUCCUGGCUCUGUGUGCCCCACUUUUCCUGCCUCAGCAUCAUUUCCUCUGGUAUGUUAAGCAGCAGCUCCAACGCCAUGCAGAUCCCAGAAAUGAAACUGGCCAGUAUGCCACCUACUGUCAGCGGGCAGUGGAGCGGACUCUGCAGUCAGGGGAGCGGGAAGCCAGACCAUCACGCAUGGAAGUGGUGUCCAUCUUGUUGCGAAACCCUUUCCACCACUCCUUGCCCUUCAGCAUCCCUGUGCACUUUGCCAACGGGACUUACCAGGUGGUUGGUUUUGAUGGCUCCUCCACAGUUGAUGAGUUCCUGCAGCGGCUGAAUCAGGAGACGGGCAUGAGGAAAUCAUCCCACUCUGGCUUUGCUCUCUUCACCGAUGAUCCUUCUGGCAGGGAUCUGGAACACUGCCUGCAGGGGAGUGUCAAGAUCUGUGAUGCCAUCUCCAAGUGGGAACAAGCCCUGAAGGAGCUGCACCCUGGAAAGUCUGAGGGUGGGACACGCGUUGUGAAGCUGAUAUACAAGAACAGGCUGUACUUUCGGAGUCAAGUCAAAGGGGAGACAGAGCGAGAGCGACUGUUGCUUGCCUUCCAAACCAGUGGAGAGAUAGUGGCAGGGAGAUUUCCUGUCAAUAAAGAACUGGCUCUUGAGAUGGCCGCCCUGAUGGCCCAGGUAGAAUAUGGGGACUUGGAGAAGCCUACUCUGCCAGGCCCUGGGAGCACACCCCCUGCCAAGACUCAGCAUCUUCUCCAGCAAGUCCUAGAUAGGUUCUACCCAAGGCGCUACAGACAUGGGGCACCCCCUGAACAGCUGAGGCAUCUGAUAGAUAUGCUGACCACAAAGUGGGCAGCACUGCAAGGCUGCUCCCCUCCUGAAUGCAUCCGCAUCUACCUGACUGUGGCCCGGAAAUGGCCUCUUUUUGGUGCUAAGCUUUUUGCUGCUCAGCCUGCCAAGCUGUCUUCCAAGGAGAACACUCUGGUAUGGAUUGCUGUGAAUGAAGAUGGUGUCAGCAUCCUGGACCAUCACACUAUGCAAGUGCACAUCACUUACCCCUACUCUUCAGUGACAACCUUUGGUGGCUACAGGGAUGACUUCAUGCUUGUGAUUAGAACCAUUCCAGACCAGGGGUCUGGAAAAGCACACAUUGAGAAGUUGAUCUUCCGGAUGACUGCUCCUAAGAUUGCUGAAACUACCUUCAUCAUGGCCAGCUACAUGAACCACUGCUCUACAACUGUGAACCCACCUGCCAACUCACCUGCAGCCCGCCAGCCAUGGGAGCUAGAUGGACGACAGUUCUUUGCUUCUGUUUCCUGUGCCACCAAGGGGCCAACAUUGCUGUGAAUAUUUCUCCUACCCUCUCCCCACCACCUCUGGGAUUAGAGAUUUGUAUCCUAGGAUAUGGUACUACUGUGAUGGGUCUAAUAGAACUCCCUGCACACUGUUCUGUGAAAUGUAUAUUUCAGCGUCUAUGAAGACUACUCUCUAGAUGCCUUAUAAUAUUUCAGAGCCCAGCUUUUACAAAUCCAGACCCAGUAUAGAAACGACUUAUUCCCCCUACCACCACCCAUAAGAAUACUGACUCUGGAUGCUAUCUGAUUCUAAACAUAGACAGGGAUGGCCCACUGUCCCAAUGUUACUGAGGGUCACAGUGCUGUAUUUGGGGCUUCUGCACUGAUUCCUUCAGGGAAGAUCAUUGUUAUAUUGUAUGUGAUCUUUGUGUGGAGAAUUAUACUUGAAGUUUUCUGAAAAGAAUAGGAUAAAAAUUUCCAAUUUACCUGAAUUCUGACAAAAGCCAAGAAUUAAAACUAGACUUCCUUUUCCAGAUGAAAAUGGGUUGGCAGGACUAGAGAAAAACAAAUAGACUAUCUUUUCCCCUCUACUGAUGAGUAGGAUCCACAGUGCUCCUUCUGAGGCAGCAGCUCCAAAUUUUGCAGAAUGAAACACUAAUCCUGCUGCAUUUCAUGUUUUUUGUAUACUGGACUAUAAACUGAACUCAGUACUACACACUGUCCAAGCAAGGACAGGAAAAGGUGGGUCCAGUCUGGCUUCUGUCUCACUUCAGCACCUGGACGGGACUGUGAAGGUUGUGCUCACUACUGAAGGAAAGGUAGCCAUUAUUCCCCACUCUUUGAAAGACCAAGCAAAUGCUUUCCACUUUUAGCUGCUGUGAGAGGCACUGAAGGUGAAUCAGGAACAAAGAAGACCCUCAGUCUCCUCCAGGGCCUGGGUGUGCUUGAGACUUCUGGCAAACUUCUGCUGGAAAUUAGUUGGAGACUCAGGGCAUGUAUGUAAUGUCUGUCUUAGCCUAAAAGCAUUAGGUAUAAAAAGUAGAAAAAAUUUUCACCUUUUGCCUUCUUGAGAACAUCAUAAUCCCCCUCAACUCAAACAUUCUAAUUGAGUGCAGGGGAAUAGUUUUUGUCUACAUCUUUUCCACUGGUGGGGGGGGGGUUUCAUACUCUGAUUUUCCAACGUCUGAGAAAUGGAGUUUUAUUUUAUAACUCUAAGGUAGUCUUAACAUUUUUUUUUUCACAAAAUGCUGAAAAAUGUGGCUAGCAGAAACAACCCAAGAAUCAAGCUUUUAGCCCCAGUGAUGUGGAUAUUGCACAUGCAAAAACCAUGAGACUGGAACUAAUUUAUCUGAUCACUUCAGCUGUUGUUAUGCUUUCCCUCUCCAACCUUUAAACUAACAAAGCACAGUGAAGAAAGAAGAAAAAAAGAGGCAUGAGAGUCUGUCUCUUUUUAAGUUGACUUUGCAAGGCAGACAGUUUUAUAGCUAUUUCUAUCCCUCCACCCACCACCACCUCUCAGGAUUUGGGUGAGGGUCUAGCUGAGACAUUUCUACCUCGAAAAAAAUCACCUGACGUAGGCUCUUGGAUAACUCUUCCAAGGCUGAGUUAUCUCUGCUUUUAUAUCCUGAGUGUCUCUAAGGCCAAUGAAGAUAUUAGCUAACUAGGGCAUUUAAAAAAAAAAAAAUAGAGCUUUAAAGAAAGUGUAAGUGCCAUUAUGUUCAUAUUGAGUCUAGGAGUCAAACUACUUCCCUCACCAUCGUUCCUACUUCCUGACUCUUAGGAAUUUUCCUUUAGUUUAUUAAUUUUAUAGACAAGAAACUGUCCUAGAAACAAAGGCUUCUAGAGUUUGUUUAUUCUUCUUUAACUUGGGAGUACCAUGUCUGGAAACAAAAGUCAAAUUUUCUGUCUUACAUUUUGUCUCCUCCCUCUUGGCAAAAGUAGCUGAAAAGUGGUAGAAAAUGCUGAAUAACAGAAAAGUAUCAAUGUGUUUGACACCCAUGACUGAAAUGUCAUGAUCGUAUUUGUCAAUAAAAAAAAUAGCUGUCUGCA